GUGCGACCCUGCAGCAUGCGUCAUCUGAUUGGUCGAUGCUGUUCGGCUCGUGGUGACGUCACGUGUAUAAAACCCCCCACCGCUCAGUCAGCACAGGAGAAGGCGCUCAGGGUUUGGAGUCUCGGUGUUCGGCUCGUUUCUCCUUCCGCUGUCUCGCUUCAUCUCGCCUCAUCUGUCACAAUGUCUGACUUCUCGGAGGAUCAGAUUCUUGAGUUUAAGGAAGCCUUCCUGCUGUUUGACCGAACAGGAGAUGGGAAGAUCAGCUACAGUCAGUGUGGAGACGUGAUGCGAGCUCUGGGUCAGAACCCUGUCAAUGCCGAAGUGCUCAAAGUACUUGGAAACCCCAAAGCUGAAGAGAUGAAUGUUAAAAUGCUGGAUUUUGAGCAGUUCCUGCCCAUGCUUCAGGCCAUCGCAAAGAACAAGGACCAGGGCUCGUUUGAGGACUUCGUAGAGGGUCUGAGGGUGUUUGAUAAAGAGGGGAAUGGGACAGUGAUGGGUGCAGAACUACGCCAUGUCCUCACCACGCUGGGUGAGAAGAUGACAGAAGAAGAAGUAGAGACACUGUUGGCGGGACAUGAAGAUGCAAAUGGCUGCAUUAAUUAUGAAGCCUUUGUGCGCCACAUCAUGGCCGGCUGAGUGUUGGAACUCGUCAGGAUGGUGAUGAGUGGUUGAAGACUUCAGAUCCAGUUUAUUAUUUUAUUUCCAGUAUGUUAUUUUUUCCUGAUAUGUUCAUGCCCCAUCACUUUCCUCUCUUUUUGCAUAGCUUUUUUUUUUUGUUAAUUACAUUUUUAUUAAGUGCCUUCAAACUGUUUUAUUCCUUCACCAUUCCUGGUCCACGUGUCUGAGGAGACGUCCUGUUUCAUUUCUCCUCCAGUGUUUUUCACUUUCAAGUUGUGUGUUAAAUGUUUAGAACAGAAAUGUAGAAGUUCCACAGGAUCUGUGUACAUGUUCAGGUGGGACAGGUGUGAAGGAAACUCUUCUUUCACAGCAAUACAGUAAAAGGUAGUUCCAGUUACUUGACCUGUUCUUGAUUGUUUAUCCCCACCAUCUGACCACACACACAGCUGAAAAUGUAGUUCCAUCUGACACUUUCUUCAUUUAGACACAAAUACCUUUACCUGAAGACUUCAUCACAGUGUGAAGACCAAAUUCCCUUCACCUGCACUCUAGAGUGAGGAGAAAUGCCACAGAAUUUUGAGAACAAAAUGACCUUCCUGUAGUGUUGAGUGUUGGAGUAAUGAGUCCAGUGUGUGUAAAGGGUGACCUGUUUAUACCCCUAUUUAUGUUUUACACUUCCAUCAGUAUUUUACUUUAUUAUCCUCACCACUGUGUGUCAUAACUGUAAAUUAAUAAAUACUGAGGUUUAAGAAUAA